AGCAAGAAGGAGCAGUAGCUUGGAAUGGCUCGUCGCCCCCUCGACGGACAAAAAGCGUGUCUUUCGAUGCCUCCAGCAACGAAGUUCGAGAAUACACACCAACGCCAACCCCUAACUACUACGCGCCAGACGAAGACGAUGAGGAAGACUUUAUGAGAUUUCAUGCACUACAACUGCAUAUCCUACUAAUCAAGCAGUUCAUCUUCCUUUAUGAGAGUCACAGUCAUCUUUUUCGAAGUCAGUUGAGAAUGUUUCUAUUUAUGGUCGAUAAAAAGAUAGACCGGCAGAAUUGAUGAGGCAUCCUGACAUGACAUCAUGACAAGAUAUUCGAUGAAAAAAAGGGAAGGCAUGCAGCUUCAGCAGCUAGAUAAUCAACACAAAGCUUUUCUCUAAUAUGUUGGCUCUAUGUGCCGACGAGCUUGGAAAUAUGCGCAUCUCCCACCAGGAGGACAAGGUUGUAGGUCCUGAAGUCGAUCGAGCGAAUGCGAGCUCUAGCAGUUCUCAGCAUGUUCAUGUUCUGAGCGAAAUCGUGGCCUUCCUGGGAAGUACUGAACACGA